UAGAGAAGUGGAUGGCACUGUAUCUCAUGACAGCAAAGUGGAAAACAUAGAGGUCACAGCAAUAGAAAAAGAGGAAUAUAUAGGGCAAGAUGUGUCAAACAAUGAUACAAGUGAUGCUGAUGACAGUUUUGAUGACAUGCUUACAGAGGAAGUGGAAGACAAGCAAUGGCUUCUGAAAGUAAAAUUGUUAAUGACCAGCAAACACACAGAGAGACUGGAGGCCAAAAGUGAGAAACAUAAAAUUGUAUGGCUCUUCAUUUUAUUGCCUGAAAUCAAGAAGCUGGAUAAGUGAUGAGGUUAUUGAUGCAUUUUUGAGCUGUGUAGUUGAGAAAGCAGAUGGAAAGGUACAAGCCAUCUCAUCAGUAAUUUCCACUGCCAUUCUCUCAGGCAGAGCUACGCAAAUGAAAGUGAAGAGUGAAUUACUUCAAAAUGAUAUAUUACUGCUUCCUUACCACACACCAGGUCAUUGGGUUCUUGCGAUAGCCUUGAUGAAAAAAAAGGAAUUGUUAAUAAUUGACCCCUUGUGUGAUGAGAUCAGAUAUGAAAGAACAUGCCUGAGGAAUUGGAGAAACUUCAUCAAACGAUUAACUAGUAAAUCCUCAUCUGAUUGGAACAGUAAAAUUGUGCAGCAUCCCAGACAAAGUGAUGGCCACAACUGUGGACCACUCAUCUUAAAGAAAGCGUGGAGGACUACUGCAUAUACUGCAACCUUAUCGACUGUGGAAAAUAAAGUGAGGAUUGCACGAUGGUCCAGUGUGAUUCUUGCAAGAGGUGGGCACACAUACCAUGCAUUACAGAAGGAAUCAAUCAAGAAAACCUGACAUAUGAGAAGAAAGAGUACAACUGCAAGACAUGUGCAUAGUUCACUUCAUUAACAAAACGAAAAAAGGCAAUAAAGAAAACCCAUUGUUUAACUGCCUCUUGUUCAAAACAUAAUGCAACCCAAAGAAAUAUAUUUCUAUGUAAACAUCAGAUUAUAAUAAAUGUUCUUGAUGUUAAAUAAAUUAUUCUCUGUAUUUCUGUCCAUAUAUAUAAUGCAAACUAUAAAAUUUUAAAAGUAAUUUUA